AUGGGUAAUUACAAGUCAAGACCAUCAUUGUCUUGCGCAGGUAGGUGUUAGAAAGCUCAUUAAAUGGCUUGAAACUUAGAUGAAUUUAAAAAAAGAAUCAGCGAAUGUUAUUCCUUAGUCCGUUCCCGACUUUGUGACGAUGUCAAUCCGCGAUGGGACGAGAAAAAUCCAUUGUUUCAGGCUUGUUUGUAAGUUAAUUUUGUCCUAAUUUAUGUGGUGUUUUUAGUCUCGGAUCAGUCGAAGAAUUCAUUUUGUCUUUGGAUCAAUUGAAUUCUGUUGAUGAAAAGAUUGGACUGAAAGAUUUAUCACUCCUUCAUUUAGUCAGUGUGGGGAUUGGAGAAAACGUAAGCGAUCCUUUUAGGACAAGUAUAAUAUAAACUCCAGCAAGCCAAGAAAAUCGAGCUUCUUCUCGCCAAAUGCGAAGAUGAUGCCAAAAGGUUGUCGCUGUUUCGGCAGCGAACUCCCAACAACUUCACUGUUCUUCAUUGUGCCAUCUACAAGGUAAUCUAAAACUAUCUCCCCAAUCAGUUCAAGAAACGACUUGUUUACCACCAUUGUCAUCAUUUUUGCAGGGUGAUCCAACAGUCGUCGAGACCCUUCUCAAAGGCGGUGCUGAUGUAAAUAAUUUUAUUGAGAAUGCCCCAAGUCCCCUUCAUUUGGCUGCAAUGUGUGGGAAUCCAAGUGUAAUUGAUCUUCUGCACCGUCAUGGUGCAGAUCUGCAUUCCAAAGACUUGGUCCAGUUCACGCCCCUUCACUGUGCCGUCUAUUUUGGGCAAGAAAAAGCGGUGAAGGCGUUGUUGCAUUUGGGAGCUGACCCAAACUUUUGUGGCGGCGUUCAAGACCGGCCGUUGCAUGUGGCCUCGGGGAAAGCCAAUCUAAAUAUUGUUAAAUUAUUGAUUAGUGCUGGUGCUGAUUGUAAGUGGAAGAAUGAUAAAUUGCAGUGAGAUGCAACAACUUUAAUCAAAAUAGCUUUAAUUAAUGAAUUACAUUGUUUUAGUAAGCCUGGCAGAUGACGAAGGGAAUACCCCGCUUCACUUUGCUUCAUCGACCGGCCAAGCCGCCAUUCUCGCUGCGUUGUUGGCCGAGGUCAAAGAUAAGCAGCAGGUGAGCCUAGAAGUGUAUAAAAUUUAAACUAACCUUGUCCAUCUCUUCAGGCGGUCCUCAAGACUACAAUUUACGGAGACACCCCUCUUCAUGUCGCAUGUUAUCAUGGGAAAUUGGAAGCGGCCAAGAUGUUGCUCCCUUUGGGUGGAUCCGCCAUCCUUAAACUCGAAAACGUCUUUCACGAAACCAUACUUCAAGCUGCUUGCACAUCCGGGAAGUCCUUGGAAUUGGUCGCGUUUCUGUUGCGACAGCCAGGAAUUGAUCCAAACCAUCAAUCGCAAGAUGGGCACACAGCUCUUCAUAGUGCUUGUUAUCAUGGCCAUUUGAGGAUUGUGCAGUAUCUUCUGGACAAUCAGGCAGAUCAAAGUUUGACAGCCAAGGCAAUAGAACAGUCGGGGACAGAAAGUGAGUCGUUGAUUUUGAAAGGAGAUGAUGAUCGCCCUUUUCAGAUAAGAACACAGUAGCAUCGGCAAUGAUGGCACUGGGAAGGUUGGACUGUGGCGCUUCGUCAGAGAGCGGAAGAUUUAGUAACAGCGAGGAGGGCCAGCCAUCUCAACAAACACCGAUCCUAUGGGCCUAUGAAAAGGGACAUGAUCAGAUCGUGGCACUUCUAAAAUAUUACGCCAACAAACGUCCGGAGUCAGACGUGUGCAGUGAAUACAGGUAAAACUCAUCAUUUUUGGUUAUUUAGGAACUGUUGACACAUAACAUGUCAGGUGCUCCUUUCGAUGACAAGAAGUUCAAAUAAUAAAUCCAAUUUUACCGUAACAUCAAUAGCUAUCUCUAAUCGAAAUAUUCCAGCUCGGGCGAUAGCAGUUACACGCCCCUGCCCAGCCCCAUGGGCCGACUUCGGUCGAUAACCAAGGAGAAGACCGAGAUCCUCCAACUCCGAACAGAACUCGACAGUUCCCUUCAUCUUUCCUUGGUCGAUAUCGAGAUCAAAGGCGAGAUUGGCCAAGGGUCCUUUGGCAAAGUGUACAAAGGAGUUUACAAAGGGAAAUCUGUGGCUGUUAAGAGAUAUCGAGCGUUGGCGUUUGGAAGCAAAUCUGAGGUUGACAUCUUUUGUAGAGAAGUUAAUAUUCUCUGUCAUCUGAACCAUCCGAAUGUGAUUGCCUUUGUCGGAGCUUGCUUGGAUGAUCCAAGUGUAAGUGGUUGAGAUGUUUUGGGGUAAUGGAUGUGAAUUUUAGCAAUUCGCAAUCAUCACAGAGUUCGUUGCUGCCGGGUCGUUAUACAAGCUGCUGCAUAAAGAAAAAAGGUCAGUUUUUUGUCUAUACCUAACCAUUAGUUUCAAUAAAAUUUUUUUAUACAAAACCAUACUUCCUUGACACAAGCUUUCUACAAAAUUUUCAUAUUCUUAUUUUAGAGUCCUCAAUAUCAAGGUGAAGUUAGGAGUUGGCAUUGACGUUGCGAAAGGAAUGAGAUAUCUCCAUGAAGUUGCCAGUAGGGCUGUUAUUCAUCGGGACCUCAAUUCCCAUAACAUUCUGCUGCACAGUAAUGGUCGGGCAGUCAUUGCUGACUUUGGAGAAUCGCGGUUCAUUUCGGAAGAUGCGGAAGAAAACAUGACCAAACAACCAGGUAAUCUUCGAUGGAUGGCUCCAGAAGUGUUCACACAAUGCUGCCAAUACGAUGAGAAGGUGGACGUGUUCAGUUAUGCGCUGGUGAUUUGGGAAAUUCAUUCAGCAGAGUUGCCGUUCGGACAGCUAAAACCAGCGGCAGCAGCGGCCGAAAUGGCUUAUAAAAAGAGUAAGUAAUAACUUUGGAUUCAAAGGAAAUUUUAUUGGAGAAAAAGUAGUACUGCGUAUUUUAGGUCGACCACCGCUUCCUUCCGAGCCCACCUCUCAAUUCCCUGGCCAUAUUAUCAAAGUCAUCGAGGAUGGCUGGAACCCCAAUCCAAAUCUCCGGCCAACCUUCACUCAGAUUCUCCAAGAACUCGCCCCGUUCACUCCCACCGACGAAGAAAGGAAAUUCGUCUGUAAAUACGAAGAUGAUGGCAGUACAGAUGAGGGAGAAUUCUCCGACCUUGAUGACUUUGAUCUGGAGAUGCCAAAGUCUGUUUCCACUCUCAAAUCCCAGUUCGAGCAGUUGAAUCAUGGCAAACCGAAGGCUGUGUCGCCUUUAGUAGGCAUCUACAAACCGAAUGGAGUGGUGGAGAAGUUGCGGCAACAGUUGGACAACAACGGAUACGUCUCUCAAGCAGCUCGGAGCAUACAAGCGGCCAAAAGCGCGACCCAACUGAGGGAUUCGAUUGUCCUGUCGAGAGAGGCCAAGGUGGCACAACGUCAAACCGCCUUCAAAGAGCAUGAUCAUCAUUCAACGGGCAACUUUACAUCCAAAAACACUUCAGAAUCCGAGGCUUGA